AUUACAGAUCCCAUCUUCCUUCAAUACUCAAACACAAACUCACACCCACACUCACACAAAGUAACUAUUCAAACAGUGUGUGCGUGUGUGUUUUUUUUUAUUUCCUUCAAAAUAAAAAAAAAAUGAAGAGGAGGCCAAACAUAGUAUUAUUUGGAGAUUCAAUAACAGAACAAUCUUUUAGAUACGGUGGAUGGGGUGCUUCCCUUACUGAUACGUACUCUCGCAAGGCUGAUAUAGUUGUUCGUGGAUAUGGUGGAUACACAACUCGUUGGGCUUUAUUCAUGUUGCCUCACAUUUUCUCCUUGGGUUCUACCACUCCUCCUGCAGCUACUACAGUAUUCUUUGGGGCUAACGAUGCUGCACUUCCAGGGAGGACAAGCGAACGUCAGCAUGUGCCUCUUGAAGAAUACAAAGAGAAUCUUAGAAAAAUUGUUCAUCAUUUGAAGGAAUGCUCUGCCACCAUGCUGAUUGUCCUUAUAACUCCCCCACCAGUUGACGAGGAAGGGCGCCAAGAAUAUGCAACAUCUGUAUAUGGGGAAAAAGCAAUGAAACUUCCCGAAAGAACAAAUGAAGCCGCAGGAACUUAUGCAAAUGGGUGUGUUGACGUAGCUAAGGAACUCGGUGUGUCUUCAAUCAACUUAUGGUCCAAGAUGCAAGAAACUCAGGGCUGGCAGAAAAAGUUUCUUAGUGACGGAUUGCACCUAACACCAGAUGGAAAUAAGAUUGUUUUUGAAGAAGUUGUAAAAGUAUUCAAUGGUGCUUGGCUUUCUGCCCCUGAAAUGCCUUCUGAUUUCCCUCAUCAUUCAGAGAUUGAUUCCCAGGACCCUGAAAAGGCUUUCCAGCAAAGCUGCUUGUAAUACUACCAUCAAUCAUUUUACUUUAUUAAAACAAAAUUUCUGAAAUAUUUGUUUUGGGGAUCUAAUGAAGUAUAUUGUAUGUUUCGAGAUAUGAACACAAUAAGUAUCCAAUAUGUCUGUUCAAUACAAAUUUAUCUAAUCGGCUUAUACAAA